AUGGCGUUUGACCUUGAGAGCCUAGAGCCAGUGGACAGCCAAGAUCCGGUUGGCAGCCAAGAGAACUAUGAUGAGGAUUCAGAAGCAUCUGUCCAAUCCCUCCCUGCAAGCAACAUCCCUGGAGUUUGUACUAAAGGUCAAGAUCGGUUGGACAAUGACAGCGUCAAUUACGGUCAAUCUGGUUCGCCUCGAUCUGCGAGUGAUUUUGAAAUGAGUGAUGAUGAACAGGAAAAGCAAGCGACAACCACUCGUGCCAAAACUCAUGGCUCAGGCAGCAAAACUUCUAGCCGCAGUGCAAACAACGGAGGAACUUCGAAGCAGCAACAAAAAGCCCCCGCUGAAAAAAAACGAGUUCAUGUCUCCAUCAAUUCCCCAACCAAAUCCCAAUCUCCUGCCAAGAAACGUUCCAAGGAAACUCCUGCCAUGAAAUGUACAACAAGAACCAAGGAAACUCCUGCCAAGAACGAAACUCCUGUCAAGAAAGCUCUUGCCGAACACGCCGCCAUACAAAACGAUUUGGAAGAAGCAAUUUCCUCCGUCUUUGAAAGUAACAGAAAGCUCUAUGAAGAAAAGGGCAAGCUACAGAAAAAGGUGAAAACGCUAAAGUCCAAGAUCAACGAACAAGCCUCCAAGAUCGACGAACAAGCCUCCGAGAUUGCGAAACUGCAAGAAGAGAGCAGUCAGCUCCAGGAAGAGAUAUCCAGAAGCAAAGAUGGAGGAAAACCAAAAACAGCAUAA